AUGCGCAAAAUCUCCAACAAUAUCGAUCUCGAUAUUGUCCACAAUCCAGGAGAACACGACCAGAUCAGUCUCCUCCCAUUCGAUGUAAAUUUAAAUGGUGAACUCCCAUCCUCCAUCUGCAUGUCAGCCAUUCGUAUUCUUCUUCUCUCAAAUAAUACUUUGGAAGGAAGACUGUCACACUGCAUCGGAUCUUUGACGGUCUUUCAUCUCAACAAAAAUCAAUUUAGCGGCCUCAUUCCAUCUACAUUUUUUAAGGAUUGUAAUCUUAUGUCCAUUAAUUUAGGUGAUCACAAAUUCUACGGACGAUUACCUAAAUCCUUAACCAACUGUCAAAGUCUAAAAGGUCUCGACAUUGGAAAUAAUAGAAUAAAGGACGAAUUUCCAUUUUGGAUGGAAAGCUUACGCGAGCUUCGAGUGCUAGUGUUGAGGUCUAACAAGUUUGGUGGUAACAUGUCGCUUCCUUCUCGAACCAAGUUUCCAUUUCCUAGGUUGCAAGUAUUAGAUGUAUCCCAUAAUGAAUUUAUGGGCUCUCUACCUCAAAGCUAUUUCAACAAUUUCAGAGCAAUGAUUGAGCCAGUAGAAAUUGAAUAUGAUGAGUUUCAAAGUGACUUGGAGAUGAGGCUCAUCUUGAAAGGUCAAGAUCGGUUAAUUGAUAGACUAUUGGACACCUUCACAACACUUGACUUAUCCUCCAAUAUAUUUACUGGAACUAUUCCACCUUCCAUAGGAAAUCUCAAGAUUCUCAUAUACUUGAAUUUGUCCCACAAUACCCUUACAGGACAUAUUCCUUCAUCUCUUAGAAAUAUGAGUGAACUCGAAUCGUUGGACUUGUCUACAAACAAAUUGGAUGGAGAAAUUCCGAAUGAAUUGACAAGGUUGACGUUUCUUGCGAAAUUAAACCUUUCAACGAACAAUCUUGUUGGGCAAAUACCGCAGUCUAAUCAGUUUUCCACAUUUGAGAAUGAUUCAUAUAUGUGA